AGCGGCUCCAUCUCCACCCCGAACCCAGGGUUGAGUGCCCCACUGACGUCAGGAGGCCUUACUUCAUUUCCUGGCACAGGGACCGUAUUUUCAUAGCCGUGUCCUGUGGCAGAGAGGAGGAGAGGCGGUGGAACUGGAAUAGGCGUGCUCAGCCACACCUCCGCAGCCCUCCAGCAGUUAAAGCUCCCAAGGAGGGACAGCGUGGGGCUGCUGCUCGGCCGGGGUCACAGAACUGGAGGUGACUGUGUUACUGGUGCACUGGGAACUUGCCUCUUCCAGCUGAAGGGCCCCUCUUGCCUUCUCUGGGCAGGAUCCAGCAAGCUUUGGGGAAACAUUUUACUGGGAGUUUGUUCAAGGAGUCAGAAGGAUGACAACUCCACCUCCCCGAGGCUGUGGCAGCAUUAAGAAUGACUAUUACUUUCUCUGUGACAUGGAGAAGGCUUGGGGGAUUGUCCUGGAGUCACUGGCUGCAGCCGGCAUCCUCAUCACCAUUUUCCUCAUCUGCUCCCUUUUCUUUCUCAUCUGUAAAGUCCAAGACAACAGCAAGCGACACAUGAUCUCCAUCUAUUUCUUCUUUCUCUUGGGCACACUUGGCAUUUUUGGUCUCACUUUUGCCUUCAUCAUUAAACUCAAUGAAGAGACUGGCCCCACUCGCUUUUUCCUCUUUGGAGUCAUCUUUGCUCUCUGCUUCUCAUGCCUCCUCACCCAGGCCUGCAACCUCAACAGACUAGUGAGAGGAAGAAAACCCUUCUCCUGGCUGGUGUUGCUGCUCCUCAUUGUUUCCUUUUUCCUAGUACAAGUUGUGAUCAGCAUCGAGUACAUAGUCACCACGCUAAUCAAUCAGCAAAAAAAAUUUAUGACUAUGACAGCAGAGGAAACCAAAAAGGAUUUUGUUAUGCUUGUGAUCUAUGUGCUCUUCUUGAUGGCUCUGACAUUCUUGGUUUCCAUAUUCACAUUCCAUGGGUCCUACAAAAACUGGAAGAGGCAUGGGGCACACAUCUUUGUCACUGUUCUGUUCUCCAUUGCCAUCUGGGUAGUGUGGAUCACUAUGCUCACAAAAGGCAACACGGUUUUAAACCAACCUAGCUGGGAUGACCCUGUUGUGGCCAUUGCUCUUGUGUCCAAUGGAUGGAUCUUCCUCAUAAUGUAUAUCAUCCCUGAAAUUUGUUUCCUCACUGCCCCUCUGAAGCUGGAAGACUACCCUCCAGAAAAUGACUUCUGCCAACCCAAGUUCAUAAAGCAGACAACUGGAAUGGAAAACCGUGCCUACACUCAAGAUGAAAUAGUGCAAGGAGACACAGGAGACCACAGUUACUCCCCAUACUCUUCUCACCUUCAGAUGAAGACAAUCGAACCCCAAAGUGAUUUCUCCAUCCCUCGACCCAAGACCCGGACAAGCCCAUACCAUGACUACACUGGUGGGAAAAGCCCCAUGUAGCAGGUCUGCAGGGAGCCAAGAGACUAAGAGCCUGUCAGCAGAGACAGGUGGAAUGGGCCAUGUAGUGACAAGUGAGUUGAUCCUGCAGAAGUCAGCGAGUCAAUCCACUCUAGCAAAAAGAGGAAAGAGGUCCUCUUUUCCCCACACAGGCACUC